GGCUUCCCAGGCCAGAGUGAAACAGUUGCAAACAGCAGUUGCAGAUAAAAAUAGAAGGUCGUAAGCAACCAGGAUCUUUAGUUAAAUAUAGAAGUCACUCUCCAUGACAGUAAGGAGUCCAGGACAACAAUGAAGUCUCUCCGAUUCAUUAGCGCUGAAGCAUUCGUGUCAAAUGCAGAGUUUGCCAGGAAGAGUCUCGGGGCUGUUGCCCAUGACCUUUUUCCGCUUCUUUUUAAAGCCAGCUAUUUACUGGAGCAAGGGGAAGUGAUUCAUGACUUGGUAGAGAACUGGCCACUUUUUGAUUUUAACAUGGGAAAACUUUUGGGAGCUACUCUGGACUACGAGGAAGAUCUGAGCCAUAGAACAUGUUCAGUAUGCUUGGAAAGCUGUCUGACAGGGCUGAGGGAUUAUGUGCUGAAUCAGUCUUCUCCCUACAUGAAAAAGUUGAAAGUGGUCGACCUGACGGGUAUAAAAGAUGUUGAAGUUCAGUUUUGUAAGUGCAAGAAGACAAUGGGCAGGUGGGCCAGGACACAGCUGCUCUCUAAGCUUUGUUCAGACCUCCAGGUUUACCUCCAACAAGCACAGUGCAAUCCAGGUACCUUUGAAGUCAGUAUCAAUGUACUAAUUGACUUGUUUGUAACAGAGAGGAACUAUGAGCUGGUCAUGCAGGCCCUGCUGAAGAAAUGCAGCUGCCCACUGAAAAUCUGCUGUGUGGCAUUCAGAUCUGACAACCUGACCUUGCAGAAAUUCUUCUAUAUCAUAAAGCUCGCUGAUCCCUCCUUGUUGCGCAAACUGGAAAUAGUUCAUAAUGUUCACUUGGAAAUGGAACACUUGGAAAUGCUCUUCAACAGUAUCCACUUCCCUCUAUUGAUGUCUUUGACCUUGCCAGCACGAACAUUUAAUGUGCGGAGGUUCACAGCUGCAGAUGAACAGAUGCUUACUAACAUUGGCGAAAAGAUGGGUGAAAUGACAGAGCUUACUGAGCUGAGUAUGUCAUUUUCUAUACUCACUGGAAGAAUACAGAACCUUCUCAGCCCACUAAAAACUCCACUGAAGAUGCUGGAUGUUUCUAACUGCUCCUUGAACCAUGCUGAUAUGGCCUUUUUAGCCAAUAGCUUCCAUGCCAAUCACUUGGAAGCCCUGGACCUGAGUGGUCAUGAUAUACCUGAGCUUUACCCAUCAACAUUCUUUAAACUCCUCAGCCAUUGCUCUUCAGUGCUCAGGAGUCUUACCCUGGAGGACUGUAACAUCCAAGACACUCAUGUCAACAUGUUGAUUUUGGGUUUAAGCCCUUGUCAGAAACUACAGGAAUUUAAGUUUAUUGGAAACCCGCUGUCAUCCCAAGCACUUAAACAUCUUUUCACAUUUCUCUGUGAAUUGCCAAUGCUGAAAAAUGUGGAGUUCCCAGUUCCAAGGGAUUGCUACCCUAUUGGGAUCACCUACCCCAUUGAUGAUGCCAGUGUUUGCAGAUUUGAUCACCAAAAAUAUGAAAGGGUAGCAGAGGAGCUUAACCUCAUUUUACUCCAAGCAAAUAGAGGGGAUGUGAAGGCUUCAACGCCACUCUUUGGGAGUUAUGAUGCUGCUGUUCAGGAGACAAACAAUGAACUGGGAGCUUACUUGAUCAAGUCCUUCAAAGAGACUUUAGAGAAGUUCACUUCUUCAUUUAACAAAAUGAGUUAAAUUUGUAAAAUUGUAAAGUAGUGAUGAGAUGAUCUGCCAACUCAGAACUUAAAUUAGUCUUUUCUAGAUCUGCACCUUCAGUCAUCAGUUGUGAAUUUUCUUCAA